CUACCUGUUCUGUAGAGACUAUAGUCUAAGGUGCCUGCCAAGGGAAACCCCGGCCUAGUAUUUAUCUGUGUAGCAAAGCAUUCUGUCAUGUCUCGAGUGGAACCUACUCGAAAGCGGGUUUCAUUAGCUUGCACCGUGUGCCGGAAGAAGCGAAUACGAUGUGAUGGUGCAAAGCCCGUCUGUGGUCGAUGUGCCAGUGAAGAGGAGCAGUGUGAAUAUCGUUAUGACGAAGAAAGACGCAAACCGCCAAGUAAACAGCAGGUGCAGGCAUUAGAGGCUCGGGUCCAGGCUUUGGAAGCCCAACUUCUUGAAUAUCAGGGGCGAGAUAGACAGUUCCAGAAUGACAGCUCUCGAUCUCUACACCAGAAGAAGUAUGCCAUGCAGUCAGAGCCGGGUUGGCCUCCACAUCUCAAGGAGGCUAGUAUCAAGGAUGACCUGGUUGACUUGAUGGGAGGACUCAGUCUGGGAGAGGGCAAUCAACUCCGUUAUUUUGGAUCUCGCAGUCAUCUGAGUCUGGUCGAGCAGCAGGUAGACACUCCCGAAGAUCCAUCGUCCAUCCAUCUAGCAGUUUCAGAUAUAAAGCUCUCCGACAUCUGGGGCACCCUUCUGCCCAAUACUCAGGACAAGCUGCUGACAGCCUUCUGGAGGUGGCAAAAUCAAUGGCAAUACCUCAUUCACAAGGAGGCUUUCACCAGGAGUCUCGCCAGGGACGGAGAGGAUGGGUAUUGUACUCCACUCCUGUUGUCCAGCAUCCUUGCUUUGGCAUCCAGGUAUGUUGACGUGCCUGAGACCCGUGUCGAUGGCAGUGAUCCGAGGACCGCUGGCGAUGCCUUUGCACGGCAAGCCAAAGCGCUCCUCUUUCAAGAGAUCGAGGCUCCUCGCGUGUCAACUGUGAUUGCGGCGGCGCUUAUCUCCCUUAUGGAAAUGGCAGUGGACAAGGAACCAGCAGGCUGGACCUAUUUAGGCAUUGCCAUACGCAUGGCGUAUAAUCUUGGUCUGCAUAUCGAUCCCAGUCAGUGGGUCAAUUCCGGAUCUUUGACUGGCGAGGAGGCUGAACUACGAUCCAUUGCGUGGUGGGGAUGCUAUAUGAUUGAAAAAUUAUUUACCGUGGGAAUCGGCCGGCCGAGUAUCAUUCUCGAUCGAGAUAUCCAGGUUCCGCUUCCGCCUAUCCGUGCAGCGAUCGAUUAUCAGCCAUGGGAUGACAACGGCGAGUUCUUCCCUGAUUCCCAACCAUUCCUAUCCUAUUCUACAACAACCUUCCAUUAUGCGUGUCGAAUUCUUCAGAUGGUCGUGCAGCCACUGGACGACAUAUAUACUCCUAAUAAUUCCACAUCCUCAGGCGAAAAGAAAAAUAUCAUGACCAAAGCAACCGUCGAAUUAACGUCCUUUUACAGCAAUUUCCCAAGCAUUCUUCGUCUUCCAUCCGCUAUAACGAAGCAGCCUGUUCCGCCCCAUCUUUAUUGUUUACAUAUUCACUACUAUACUUUAAUCAUCCUCCUUCAUCGUCCGUUUAUCGGUGUCCCAGACAGCUUCAACCUGUUGGAUGGCCUUCUAAAUAAGGCCUUGGUGUCUUACCAUGAGACAUGCAGCAAAUCGGCUGAACAGAUCACGCAUCUGCUCCAGGUUUAUUCCAAGUUUUACUCUUUGAGGAACAUUUCCAUUUCAGUCAUCGACUCAGCCCGAACAGCUGCCAUGAUCCAUCUUUUCAACAUGACAUCUCACGACCAGUUGAUGCAAGACAAGUCCGAACGGCUCUUCAUGCAAACACUCCAUCUUCUCCAGGAAAUGAAGACAGCAUGGGGAUGGGCAGAACGAUCAGUCAGAACGCUAGUGUUGAUCUCACGCAAAUGGGGUGUCCACGAAGGAUUACAUAGGAUGUUCCCGGGAGGCGAAAGGCAAUCACUGUCCUCUCUUGAUCCACCGUCGGCUUUAAAAGACCUCGAUCCCUAUGGUUUCAUGGAGUGGCAGGAUUUGACUUCUUGGGCCGAGCAAGAUACUAUUAACCCCGAGUUGUUGGCCAUGCCUCCUGGGGAUCAGCCCUGGCCGUUGGGAAUAUGAUUUGGAGCAUUGAUCC